UCUUUUAUAGGUUAUAGUGUUUCUAUGGGUACUUAUCGCGAGAACUCGUUUUCACGAUGGUACGUGGUGACGAAAGGGUUGCCAUAGUUACAGAGCUUUCUAUGCUACUUACCUCCUUGUUGAUUUAAAAUGUUUCUAUCUCAGUGCAGUUAAUGACAGCGAUUUAUCAAGUAAUAUAAGUUUUCGCAGUGGCUGUCGCUGCAGUCUGUGGAGUAUAAAAAUGUGUUUGUUCAAAGUUCCGUGUAUUUGGGGAGGAGCUAAUUUGGCGCAACUUCCAACGCGGGAAAUUCGAUUCAAAUAAAUAGCAAGACCGCGAAGACACUGCAGCAGAAGCUAGAAGGGAUUUUAACAGUGCAGUAGUCUGACUCCUCGUUAGCCUUUAGUCCUUUUUUUUUUAAGUGUUUAGUGUUUUAUCGGUUUUUAACUGCGAAAACUUUGCCAAUAUGCCUGUCCUAGAAGUUACAGACGCAUCUGCAAUCUCUCCAUCAAAAAGAGCAAGGACAGAGACAAAGCCUGCAGAGGAAAGAGUUGUCCUCAGGUUUGCAAAGCUCACUGAGCAUGCCACGACACCGACCCGAGGCUCGUCUAAAGCAGCGGGAUAUGAUCUGUACAGUGCAUAUGAUUACACCAUUGACUCUAUGGAUAAAGCCGUUGUGAAGACAGACAUCCAGAUCGCAGUUCCGCAUGGCUGCUAUGGGAGAGUCGCACCAAGAUCUGGACUGGCAGCAAAGCACUUUAUUGACGUCGGUGCUGGGGUUGUAGAUGAAGACUAUAGAGGAAAUGUUGGAGUUGUGCUCUUCAACUUUGGCAAGGACACAUUUUAUGUGAAAAAGGGCGACAGAGUUGCUCAGCUGGUGUGUGAGAGGAUCUGCUACCCAGAGCUGGAGGAGCAAAAGACUCUUGAUGAGACGGAGCGUGGAGACGGAGGGUUUGGAUCGACUGGACUCAACUGAAAGCAACCAGAGUUUUUGGAUGUAUUUUUUAAAUAUAAAGUUAAUAAAGUUUUCUUUUUUGUAC